UAAAAGGAGUUGGCCGGAUGGUGUGUGAUGUGGUGCAGGAGUCCGGUCUCGUGCGCAGCUCAUUAUAAUGUUUAGUACGCAGAGAGCGCGCGCAGACUCGUGUGCGGUUUGCAUGAAGGCAGCAGCAGACAGAUGGAGAGCAGCACACACUCAACUUAUGACAGCUGAGCACGGACAUAACAUUCUCUCUGACCAUCUUUAUUCAAAGCUUUUGGAUUACAUUUGAAGAAACUGGGCUGGAGCCAUGCACCCGUGUUUAUUCCUCGUGUUUUCUCGUGGGUUUUUGCUCACAUUUUUAGUUUUUUGUGAAGCUGCUGCUUUUAAUCUAGAUUUAGAAAAGCCAACGGUUUAUAAUGGACCAGAAGGAAGUUAUUUUGGAUACUCACUGGACUUUUACCAGCCAACACUGGACAGAAAAGCCAUGUCGGUGCUGGUUGGGGCUCCUAAAGCGAACACCUCUCAGCCAGGGAUUGUGGAGGGAGGAGCGGUGUACUACUGUCCCUGGCCGGCAUCAGACCCAGACUCCUGCCGCCAGAUCCCCUUUGAUAAAGCAAAUAACAGGAUGAUUAAAGUGAAUGGGACACGGGAGCCUCUUGAAUUUAAAUCCUAUCAGUGGUUUGGAGCCACAGUCAGGACUCAUAAAGGCAAAGUGGUGGCCUGUGCUCCCCUCUAUCACUGGAGGACAGUGAAGGUCAGCAGUGAGAUGGAUCCAGUGGGAACCUGUUAUGUGGCUGUGCAGAACUUCAGUGCCUAUGCUGAGUAUUCACCUUGUAGAACCAAUAACCCGGACCCUGAGGGCCAGGGCUUCUGCCAGGCGGGCUUCAGUGUUGAUUUCACUAAGGAAGGGACUCUGGUUGUGGGAGGACCAGGGAGUUUCUACUGGCAAGGUCAAGUGAUUACUGCAGGAGUUGCAGAGAUAUUGAACGGCUAUUCCCUGAAAAAUAUUCUGCGCAAAGUUCAAGGAGAGAAGCAGACUGUGGCUGCAUCAGACGCAUAUGAUGACAGUUACCUAGGGUACUCUGUAGCGGUUGGAGAGUUCACAGGUGAUUCUGAGCAAGAACUGGUAGCAGGGGUUCCUCGAGGAGCACACAACUUUGGUUAUGUGGCGGUGAUCAAUGCAACAAACCUGACGUUUAUUCAGAAUUUUACUGGGGAGCAGAUGGCCUCUUAUUUUGGAUACACCAUUGCAGUGACUGAUGUAAAUGAAGAUGGGCUAGAUGAUGUGCUAGUUGGAGCCCCACUCUACAUGGACCGUGAGUUUGAGAGUAAACCGCGUGAGGUGGGCCGUGUGUACCUGUACCUGCAAGAGGACGUGCUUCUCUUCUCCCCUCCCAUCACACUCACUGGAACGCACCUAUUCGGCCGGUAUGGAAGUGCCAUCGCCCCUCUUGGAGAUAUCAACCAGGAUGGAUACUCGGAUGUGGCAAUAGGGGCUCCGUUUGCAGGUGAGGACCGUGGUGGCAGGGUGUUCAUCUAUAAUGGGCAGAAAUCUGGACUGAUGUUACAGGCAUCUCAAGUGCUGAGAGGUGACUGGGCCUCUUCCGCCGUCCCAGCAGGCUUUGGAUUCACCCUGCGUGGAGCGUCUGACCUCGAUAACAACCAGUACCCUGAUUUGCUGGUCGGUGCAUUUGGAGUGAGUAAAGUUGUGGCCUACAGGGCAAGGCCAGUGGUCACUGUGAAUGCUCAGCUGAUUUUGAUGCCCAAAAUUUUCAAUCCUGAGGACAAGUCUUGCCACAUGCCCAAUUCUGAUGACAUGGUAACCUGUCUGUCAGUUAAUGUGUGUGCUAAGAUCUCUGGAAUUGGUAUUCCUGAUUAUGUAGCUCUGACAAUGAACCUGCAGUUGGAUUGGCUGAAGCAGCGUGGAGCAGUUAAGCGAAUCUUGUUCAUGGAUUCUCACCAGCACCAGAGAACCCAGCAGUUGGUUCUGGGUCAAGGGGACCGCCAACAUUGCCACAACUACUCUGUUUACCUGCGGGAUGAGGGAGAGUUUAGGGAUAAACUGAGCCCUAUCAGCGUGGCACUGAACUACAGUCUGGACCAGAAUUCCCCUCCACCUGGUCUACAGCUGCGACCCAUUUUAGAUCACUAUAGCAAGACCUUCCACCAUGAGCAGGCAAACAUCCUGUUGGACUGUGGGGAAGACAACAUGUGUAUCCCAGAUCUCAAACUUUCUGCUAAAAUGGACCGAACAGAACUUAUAAUUGGGGAUGACAACUUGCUUUUGUUAACCAUCAACGCCGCCAAUAAGGGCGAAGGGGCGUACGAGGCGGAGCUUCAUGUGACCAUCCCACCAGAAGCAGACUAUAUUGGUGUGGAGCGCAGGCGUGAGGAUCUUCAGCGGCUGAACUGCGAGCACAGGACAGAGAAUGAGACCAGAGUUGUGGUGUGUGACCUCGGGAAUCCAAUGGUGGCUGACACAAACUUUUUGGUGGGUUUACGGUUUUCUGUACAGCGGCUGGAAGAUGCCCCUCCUACCAUUGGCUUUGAGCUGCAGAUACACAGCUCUAAUAAGGACAACGCAAGAAGCGUCCCAGUGAAUUUGACUCUGAGCAUUGUGGCGAGAGCACAGGUGGAGAUCAGAGGUGUGUCUCACCCAGCUCAGGUUGUUUUGCCUUUCCCUCGAUGGGAACCCAAAGAGAAACCUGUGAGAGAAGAUGACGUCGGACCUCAGGUUCAACACAUAUAUGAGUUACACAAUAAGGGUCCAAGUUCAAUAAGCAGGACGGUGUUGGAGGUGGGCUGGCCCAGUCAGUACCGUGAGGAACACCUCCUCUAUGCCCUUCAGAUCAUCACUGAUGGACCUGUACACUGCAGCGUCAAUGGUUCCCUCAACCCACUGGAGCUUGAGACCUCCACUCUUCAGGACACUCCAGAAUUACUGGGCUUUCUGAGGAACAGCAGUGGUCCGACUCGCCAUAGACGAUCUGUUUCGACAGCCCAGAGCUACAGCAGCAAGACACUGAACUGCUCUAAUAUCAACUGCCUAAUGGUGGAGUGUGUCGUGGAUCGUUUGGAUCGAGGGCGAAGCGCUGUGAUCAAGUUCAGAUCCCGUCUCUGGGCUCACACCUUCUUACAGAGACGGAAUGACCACUACACGCUAAACUCCACCGUGUCCUUUCAAGUGACGGCCAUGCCUUAUCGGAUCAAAGCUGAUACACUGCCACACCAGAGCAAAUCAAUCGGCACAUUUGUGGUGUGGGCCAUUCCUGACGUUUCCUUUGCCAUUCCCCUGUGGGUCAUAAUUUUGGCUAUACUGCUGGGACUGCUGGUGCUGGCUAUGCUUAGCCUAGCAAUGUGGAAGUGUGGCUUCUUCGAUCGGGCACGGCCACCCAAAGAUGACGACGUGUCAGACCGCGAGCAGCUGACCGCAGAAAAAUCCACAGAUGCGUGAGAGCAGAACAGAUGAGAAGGAUGAAUAACGAGGCCAUGGGAUGACUCUCCAUGAAGACAGUGGAGGAGCUGUGUUCGAAGGUUUCAGUAUCUUUGUAGAAGACUACAGAUCCAAGCCUCUAAAUAGACUACAGCUGCCACACUGGACUGCGAUCUGUGAGCUGGGCCACAGUACCACUCAGAAACUUGCAUAAAGCUUUAUUUAAAAUGGCAGAAGAUCAAGAACUCUUGAUAGAGCUGCAAUAUCUACAGUAUCCAAAGAGCCACAUUGCCAGUACAAGACUAGAGGCUGACCGAUACAAUCCCAAAUAUUAAGAUCUCACUGUCUGAUCAACUCCAUCGACUUCCUGUUAGGUUACGAUGAAACACAGUGAUUAACCUACUUCUGAGAAAUCAUUGGAACGUAAUAUUAGUUGUAUUAAGUCACCAGCUUAGCACAAGAUCUGGAUCAUUCCACAAAACACUUCACAUUUUCUGAUAUUUCUUUUGUUUCAUAUUUAAAUAUAUGACACCAAACAGUUUAAAGUGUUGGCAUCCAUGUUUCAUGUUUACAGAAGAGAGAUGCUAAAACUGUUUAUGAUUAUUACUAGAACAGUCUUGCAGUGUUUUAUAUAUGGCGAUUUUUUUUGCAGAAUGUUUAAAUAAAUUAAAUGUCACAUACUGUAUUCAAAGUUUAUUGUACAGUAUAGAAAUCAUUUGUCAUGUACAGUACAGUACAUGAUGGAUUGUCAUUAAAAAGAAACCAAUUUUACAGAUAAGAAUGGGGCUUAUUGAUAAUGAUAAAGGUGUAGUGGUAAAUUCUGCGAUCUGUGGCUGACUAGAAUCUGUAUUCUUAAAGAGUUGGUGCAUUGCAUCAGCCCACAAUGUAGUUCACAGCAAAGCCUCAUAUGUCUACAUGCCUUGUCAAUGAUUGUACUGAUAUACAUAUUGAAGCUUGUAAAAUAAUUGCUCAGUAAGUAAAAAGAUGGGGGAGGGGGAGUUAAUAGAUAUAAAUUACAUGUGCAAUAAUGGGACAUUUUUGAGUUGAUAAUUUGUGUGUACACUGGCUCCAAAAUGUUUAAAACCUGAGGUUUAGGUUGUUUUGUAUAUACAGAUAAAAUACUUAUUUGUCAGGCUGACAUGAAUAUUUCUUUUUCGCACUAAAGGGAACACAAAUAUUUUGUCUUUCAGCGCUCUAAAUGCAUAUAGCUAUAUAUUGUUAGAUGAAGUAGGCAUUUAUUUCAUCUGUUGGGAAUGCAUGUUUUUUUUUUUCUGACUGCUGCUCUAACAUGCAUUCAUAGCAUGUUAGUGACAAAAUAACAUUUCCUUUUGUUUCAUAUGGAUCUUCUUUUUUUUUUUUUUUACCUCAAUCAGUGCCCACAAGUGUAUUUCAGUUCAUAUGGACUGAUAAUACAAGAACUGGUAAUUGUCAUGACAAAACCACAUCUCUUUAUAUUUUCUCCUUUGGAAGGAUAUGAUCAAUAUUUCAGUCCGUGAAUAAUGUAUUGUGAUGUGCACCCUUCUAUUUUACAUAGAUCUGAAAUUAAAAUGAAAUUUGAAACUA